CAGCCGCCUGCCGGCUCGCUUUGCCCCCGGCCCGUUCGUUCCGCGCCACCGGCGCAGGCGGUGCGUUUGGGAUCUAUUUGGUGGCGCCCCGCCUGCAGCCGAGCGGCUAGCUACGCAUCAAUGUCUUUCCAGAAGCAGCGCCAGCUCCGUGUGUGGGCGAGUGAAUUGCUGGCGCAAAGAGUAAGGAGCACGG